GAAAAUGAUCCGUUCACUUUUACUAUCAAUCGCAGUGGUUGGAGUAGGGAGUUUAUCUCUAGCCCCAUUGCUUGACAGUUUGAUUGAAAUAUCGGUGAACUGUGGUAAAAAGAUCGACAAUGAUCCGGUUCUCAAGAUAUUAACUGACGUCGACAUAUGGGCGACGGCCAAGUGUAAUGGUGGUGAUCAAGAAUUUACUUCCACAGACUCGGUUCACUAUGUACUUCCAGCGGCUAUCAGCACUAAAGGCAAUCGAUGUCUUUUCUAUCAAAGAGAAAAUUCGGAUCACUAUUAUGUAGAGGUGUUGGUCUUUUAUGGAGAACGAGAUAGUCUAAUACUGACCAAGCAAAAAAUAGUCACUGCGAUUUGCAACUAUGGUGACUUUGGUAAAGAUUCUUCAGCAGAGCAAACGAUUGUAGAUGGACCAAUGGCCCCGACAGGAAUACAUAACAUAGUUGGUGAUACGGUUCCAAGCUCGGAACUAACAUUGAGUAUUCAAACAGUUGAUGACCAAGAUGCUGUCGGCCCUCUAGCCCUUGAUCGCAGAUAUUCUUUAUUUGGUACUUACACGGGUUCACUUGCAAAUGUUGGCUUGAAGCCUGUAAGUUGUGAUGCAGUUUCAAAGAACGGUGAUAGAUAUUCUGUUCUAAUAGCCGGCUGUGGUGAUGGUAUGAUAUUUGAUAGAACAGAAGGAUUUAUAACAUUGGGAAAGACAUUUAGAAGUCCAUACUUUGUCGCCUUUCAUCUAUCAACCAGCGUAGACUUGUCUUUCGAUUGUAAUGUUACCUUGUGUAUCCCAAAUUGUGACGGCUCUUCUUGUGAAACAGAUUGUGGAAUUGUAACAGCUUUUCCCAUUUCAAACAGUGAGCUCGACACAUGCACUGGAACGAAAUUUGAAGAUACCUGUACCUUUAUGUGUACUACAGGUCAUGAUAAAACUGGGACUGGUAUUUCUACCUGUGGUGCAGAUGGUAUUUGGACGGUUCCGAAAAUUUCCUGUAUUCCUAAAGAUUGUGGAGACCCACCCUCAGGACCGAACGUAAUUGUUAACGUGGUUAGCAGCGAAUAUCAAGGAACCGUAACGUACUCAUGUGAAGCUGGUUAUAUCGAAGCAGAUGGAAGUAAAUCCAUUACCUGUCCGGCCUCUGGACGAUGGACAGAGACAGCAAGCGACAUUCUGCAAUGUACAACUCCCAUAAGUUGUGGAGAUCCACCUUCUGGACCGAAUCUUGAACUAGACGUAUCAGGUGUAGAAGUUGGUGAAAUGGUGACCUAUACAUGUGCAAUUGGUUAUCGUGAAGAUGGUGGAGAAAGUUCUGUAACCUGUCUGCCUUCGGGAAAAUGGUCUGGUUCUCAAAGUGACAUUCUACAAUGUAUACCCAUAGGUUGUGGAGAUCCGCCUUCUGGACCGAAUCUUGAACUAGAAGUAUCAGGUGUAGAAGUUGGUGAAAUGGUGACCUAUACAUGUGCAAUUGGUUAUCGUGAAGAUGGUGGAGAAAGUUCUGUAACCUGUCUGCCUUCAGAGAAAUGGUCAGGUUCUCAAAGCGACAUUCUACAAUGCAUACCCAUAAGCUGUGGAGAUCCGCCUUCUGGACCGAAUCUUGAACUAGAAGUAUCAGGUGUAGAAGUCGGUGAAGUGGUGACCUAUACAUGUGCAAUUGGUUAUCGUGAAGAUGGUGGAGAAAGUUCUGUAACCUGUCUUCCUUCAGGAAAAUGGUCUGGUUCUCAAAGUGACAUUCUACAAUGUAUACCCAUAGGUUGUGGAGAUCCGCCUUCUGGACCGAAUCUUGAGCUAGAAGUAUCAGGUGUAGAAGUUGGUGAAAUGGUGACCUAUACAUGUGCAAUUGGUUAUCGUGAAGAUGGUGGAGAAAGUUCUGUAACCUGUCUGCGUUCAGGGAAAUGGUCAGGUUCUCAAAGCGACAUUCUACAAUGCAUACCCAUAGGUUGUGGAGAUCCGCCUUCUGGACCGAAUCUUGAACUAGACGUAUCAGGUGUAGAAGUUGGUGAAAUGGUGACCUAUACAUGUGCAUUUGGUUAUCGUGAAGAUCGUGGAGAAAGUUCUGUAACCUGUCUGCCUUCAGGAAAAUGGUCUGGUUCUCAAAGCGACAUUCUACAAUGUAUACUUGUAGACUGUGGAACACCACCAGAUGGAGUGAACGUAGAAGUUAAUGCAAUUAAUACAGAGUUUGGUGGGAUCAUAAUGUAUGAAUGUUUACCUGGAUACGAAGAAAUUGAAGGAAUUCGGGAGAUAAGUUGUGAUCCAAGUGGAGUAUGGAUAGAAACUCAAGCAGAUAUUCUUUCUUGUUCACCCAUAGACUGUGGAGAUCCACCAAAACCAUCAUCAGAAAUGGUUGGGUUGUUGGCAUCAGAUACAACUGUGGGGUCGAACGUGAAAUAUGAAUGUCGUUUAUUUCAUUAUGAGAUAGAAGGAAGUGCAGAGAAAACUUGCUUGGAGACUGGAGAGUGGAGUAAUGCUAAUGACGAUUUAAUUUGUAGCCAAUAUAAAUUUUUAGGUUGUAUUAGCAAUACUGAUGGUGACUUCAUAACCAACGUUAUUGAAAGUCCAAUGAAACUAUCUGAGUGCAAUGAUCAUUGUCAAGAGAACCAGUUUACUAUUUUCGUGUGGAAGAAUGAUAAAUCUUGUGGAUGCGUAGGCUUUACACUUAACAUGCAGCAGGUUGAAUGCGAAAAAACGUGCGAAACCGUUCAUCACUGUGGUACGACAGAACCUAAUACUGGAGCUGUCUACGUUGUCGACUCUCCGGUUUUAGGACAUCAGGAAGCAUGUUUAACUGUUCAGAAAACAUUCUACCCAACUCCUAACGGAAAUGGUGAUGCCUCGAUCUGUAAAAUUAUUUGUUUACUUAAUGGUUCGCAAUUCAUGGGAUUGAAGUUCGGCUUGGUUUGCUUUUGUGCAUCAGAAGAAGUUAAUAUGGCUGCUACAGCGGAUCCUUCAGAAUGUCAACCGUGUGAACCAGAUUCUGUCGUGAAAUGUGGUUCGCAAACGACCAUCUACGCUUACCAAUUUCAACCAUAGGAAAACCAGUAACAAGAGUAGAAAUAAAGUUGAAAAACAAGCAUGUCGUUUUCUUUAUAUUUCCAUCCCGAGCUCAUAGGAGAGACGGUGUGGAUGCCCAGUUUCGCUAAUUUAAAUGGAUACUACCUCUUAGAAUGGACAUCACAUUAAAGGGCUCUAACUUAGUC